AUGAACAGUGGCCUCACCAGGGAGUCCAAGCAUCAUAUUGCCGUCUUGGAGGAAGAGGAUGUCGAGACCUUUGUGGCUUUUUGCGAAUAUGCCUACACGGGCGAUUACAGUGUGCCCCCACCGGGAUCUCGCGAAGAUGAGAAGGACGACGCCAUCGAUGAUACGGCGUUCAAGGGGAUGUUCUCGAAUCCCUUCGCCUCGACCGUUCCUCCCCCAGCACCAUCUCCUCCCCCGUCUCUCAAGCUUCCGAACAGGGACCUGGAUGUGCCAGAUCGUGGGGACUCGGAGACCGCCAGGAAUGAGGAGUUGACGCAGCCGCAGAAGGAGGGCGAGAGCGUGAAGGAUGGCAACAACGACGUGGGAGAGGAUGUCGCGGCACCCGAUGAUCCGCCACAGGAUCCUGCAUCAGCCUGUGACGAGCCAAGUGAGCAGCCUCUUGCUACUCCUGCUGCCGAAGAGGGAGAUCCCUGGGGCUUUGGUGAGGACGCCGCACCCUCGAAGGGCAAAAAAUCGAAGAAGACCAGGAAGGACAAGAAGAAACAGAAAGGUGGUGCGACAGCGGAGGAACCUAUGUCUAACCUGACUCCUCCAACAACCCCUCCUCCUGGAAAUCCCAAUGACCAGAUUGAUAACAACCUCACAGUCGAGACUACUGCAAUGCUGGAUGAUCCGAUCCCAGUGACCGAACAUAUCAAAGUGGGUGAGGUGGCGGAGGUUGUGGAAGUUCCUGAGCCCACGGGAGCGGAUGAGUCCAUUGACCCUGCUGCACCGUCCUUGGAUACUGAAAGUUGGGAUCGAGCAACAUCUGUUCCUCCUAAGGUCAAGGAUACCCUCAAUGAGAACGUGAAACUCGAACACAACAGUCAAAAGGAGGACGAAAUCAAGGAAGAGGUUGUGUCUCCCCGAAGCCAGAUGAAAGCGUUCAUUGACACCUCUUUCGCCAAGCAGCUAUUUCCUUCGCGCCGCCCAACUGGAGUUGGUCUCUGGGAUAAGUUUAUGAGCUUGGACUAUCUUGAUCAUCCCUCCACCUACGGGACAAGACCUCUCACCCCGGUGUCAACACACUCAGAUUCAAGCAAGUCGGAUCUUCCGUAUCUUGUCUUUCACGCCAAGCUGUACGUUUUCGCCGUACGAUACUUGAUUCCCGCUCUGGCGCAAUUGUGUCUCCGAAAGCUUCACGCGGAUCUGCUGUGUCUGGCGUUUCCUGGUCCGAAAGACGGCGAACGGGAGGAAGAGCGAGCUGCUCUGACCGCAACCAAGGCCAGAAUGGUCCUUGACCUCCUCCACUACACGUACACCAAGACGACCCGUCUGGAGCCGAUUUCACCAACCUCGGCCACUCAGCUUCGCGACAACGAGCUUCGGAAACUCGUUAUACACUACGCAGCGUGCAAAGUGAGAGAGCUUGCAGAAUACUGUCCUACGAUGGAGAGUAUGGUAAGCUCGCCAUUGGCUUCGCCAGUGGACAAACGGCCACCAAAGGCAGAUCGACCUUCGAGCCGUGGUUUCCGUGCGCUCUUGGACUCGACAACCGAACUUGCCUCCGAUUUGGUCUUCCGCAUGAUGUGA